CCCAACCCACCUCUUCUCCCCACCCCCUCCUCCCUAACUCUCUCUCACUCUCUCUCUCUCUCUCUCUCUCACGGGUUUGGGAUAAAACAACAACGCACAGAGCGCCAUUAUACGAGUAGUGAGGUAAAGCGAAAGGAGAGAGGGUAGAGGGAGGGAGAGGGAGAUGGGAGAAGCAUCAAAAUCCCAGCUUUUUGGGUUGGUGGCGGAGCUCUGCGUCGUCGUCCUCCUCCUCCUCCUCUGCUUGUGUGUGCGCGGCGGGGUGAUGGCGCAGAAGGCGGUGUUCGCGUGCGACGCGGCGGCGAACCCGAGCGUGGCGGGGCUGGGGUUCUGCAACGCGUCGUGGAGCGCGGCGGCGCGGGCGGCGGACCUGGUGGGGCGGCUGACGCUGGCGGAGAAGGUGGGGUUCCUGGUGAACAAGGCCGCCGCGGUGCCGCGCCUCGGCAUCCCCGCCUACGAGUGGUGGUCCGAGGCCCUGCACGGCGUCUCCUACGUCGGCCCCGGCACCGGCUUCUCCUCCCUCGUCCCCGCCGCCACCAGCUUCCCCCAAGUCAUCCUCACCGCCGCCUCCUUCAACGCCUCCCUCUUCCUCGCCAUCGGAAAGGCGGUGUCGACGGAGGCACGGGCAAUGCACAACGUCGGCCUCGCCGGGCUAACGUUCUGGAGCCCGAACAUCAACAUAUUCCGCGACCCGCGGUGGGGGAGAGGGCAGGAGACGCCCGGAGAGGACCCGCUGCUCUCGAGCAAGUACGCGACCGGUUACGUGACCGGCCUGCAGCAGGCCGACGACGCCGAUAAGCUCAAAGUCGCCGCGUGCUGCAAGCACUAUACGGCCUACGAUCUGGACAAUUGGAAGGGGAUCCAGCGUUACACAUUCAAUGCAAUAGUGACAAAGCAGGAUUUGGACGAUACGUUCCAGCCCCCGUUCAAGAGCUGCGUGAUAGAUGGGAAUGUGGCGAGCGUCAUGUGCUCCUACAACCAAGUCAAUGGAGUCCCCACCUGCGCCGACCCUGACCUACUCGCUGGAACAGUAAGAGCAAAGUGGAAUCUUAAUGGAUACAUUGUUUCCGACUGCGACUCGGUCGAUGUGCUCUACAAUCAACAACAUUACACAAAAACGCCGGAAGAUGCCGCCGCAAUAACUAUUUUGGCAGGGCUCGACCUAAACUGCGGAAGCUUCCUGGGCCAGCACACUCAGGCGGCGGUGCAGGGCGGGAAGCUGAAGGAGGCUGACGUGGACAAGGCGAUCACCAACAACUUCGUGGUGCUGAUGCGACUGGGCUUCUUCGACGGUGAUCCGCGCAAGCUCCCCUACGGCGGGCUGGGCCCAAAGGACGUGUGCACCCCGGCCCACCAGGAGCUGGCCCGCGACGCCGCGCGCCAGGGCAUCGUGCUGCUGAAGAACAUCAACGGCGCGCUCCCGCUCUCCCCCAACUCCAUCAAAUCAAUGGCCGUAAUCGGUCCCAACGCCAACGUCACCAAGACCAUGAUCGGCAACUACGAAGGCACUCCGUGUGGUUACGUCACACCUCUCCAGGGCCUAACGGCCAACGUCGCCACGGUUUACCAGCCCGGCUGCGCCGACGUCGGGUGCUCCGGCAACAGCUUGCAGUUGGACCCAGCGAAGCAGGCAGCGGCGCAAGCCGACGUCACGGUUCUAAUCGUCGGGGCCGACCAGUCGAUCGAGAGGGAGAGCCUCGACCGGGUGAGCCUCCUCCUCCCCGGCCAGCAGACCCAGCUGAUCACCGCGGUCGCGAAGGCGUCCAAGGGCCCCGUGAUCCUCGUCAUCAUGUCCGGCGGCCCCUUCGACAUUUCCUUCGCGAAAUCCAGCGAUCAGAUCUCCGCAAUCCUCUGGGCCGGAUAUCCCGGGGAGGCCGGCGGCGCGGCGCUCACCGACAUCAUUUUCGGACAAUACAAUCCUAGCGGAAGGCUGCCGGUGACGUGGUAUCCUCAGUCGUUCGCCGACAGCGUCCCCAUGACCGACAUGCGCAUGCGUCCGGACCCGUCGACCGGCUACCCGGGCCGGACCUACCGGUUCUACACGGGCGACACGGUCUACUCCUUCGGCGACGGGUUGAGCUACACCGACUACACUCACCACCUCGUCCAGGCCCCCAAAUUGGUGUCUAUCCCCCUCGAAGAAGGCCACUCGUGCUACUCGUCCCGGUGCAAGUCGGUCGACCUGGCCGGAAGCCGGUGUGAGAACCUGGCCUUCGACGUCCAACUGCGCGUCCGCAACUCCGGCCGAAUGCCCGGGGGCCACACCGUGUUCUUGUUCUCGACCCCGCCGGCGGUCCACAACGCGCCGAAGAAGCACCUGCUAGGGUUCGAGAAGGUGUUCUUGGGGCCCCGAGGGGAGGGGGACGUUGCGUUUAGAGUGGACGUGUGCAAGGACUUGAGCUUGGUGGAUGAGGAGGGGAAUAGGAGGGUGGCUUUGGGUUCUCACGUUCUUCACGUGGGAAAUUUGAAGCAUUCACUAACUUUGAGGAUCUAAUCCAUUGAUUGGCGUCCUUAUUUUUUAGGGAUCUGAGAUUGAUGAAUGGGGAUUUGGGCCUUUUGGGAUUUAAAGGGGCCCUUUCAUUGGUUAAGUGGUACAAUAAAGAGUGGCUUCCGUGGGAAUUAAAAAGUAAUUGGAUUCCAUGGAAGUUGCACAACUAAAAGUGUAACCAUUUCAAUCUCUUCGAGGGUCAAUUGUAAUUUGAGUGUUUAACAAUGUCAUUCAGUUGAGAAAAUUGAAUGCUUCUUUAUAUAUUUAUGCUCUCUCCUGCUUGUCUC